UUGCCGGCACGUUCUGUUCUGCGGCCCAUCUCUAUUACAUCGAUGUUGUUCCACCUCUAGUUUUGUUCGUCAAUCGUUGAGUUUCUUUUUUGUUUUAAAUUAAAAAAAACCAUUUAAAAAUAUAAAAUGGCCGACACAAAGGGCUUUUCUAGCAUCGAGACGCCCGGCUACGUGGGCUUCGCUAAUCUACCCAACCAGGUCCACCGCAAGUCCGUGAAGAAGGGCUUCGAGUUCACGCUGAUGGUGGUGGGGGAGUCGGGCCUGGGGAAGUCCACGCUGGUGAACAGCCUCUUCCUCACGGACCUUUACCCAGAGCGCAUCAUUCCAGAUGCCAUAGAGAAACAAAAACAGACUGUUAAGCUGGAAGCCUCAACCGUGGAGAUCGAGGAGCGGGGAGUCAAGCUGCGUCUCACUGUGGUGGACACUCCCGGUUUCGGGGAUGCCAUUGACAACUCGAAUAGCUUCGGAGCGAUUCUGGAGUACAUUGACGAGCAAUACGAGCGCUUUCUGCGCGACGAAAGUGGCCUAAACAGACGCAACAUUGUGGACAAUCGCAUUCAUUGCUGCUUCUACUUUAUCUCUCCGUUUGGACACGGCCUUAAGCCCCUCGACGUGGAGUUCAUGAAGAAACUACACUCUAAAGUCAAUAUUGUGCCGGUGAUCGCGAAGGCGGACUGCCUCACCAAGAAGGAGAUCCUGCGCCUCAAGUGCCGCAUCAUGCAGGAGAUCGAGAGCCACGGCAUCAAGAUCUACCCACUGCCAGACUGUGAUUCCGACGAGGAUGAAGACUACAAGGAGCAGGUGAAGCAACUGAAGGAAGCUGUGCCUUUCGCCGUCUGCGGCGCCAACACUCUGCUCGAGGUCAAGGGCAAGAAGGUUCGCGGUCGCCUCUAUCCAUGGGGCGUUGUCGAGGUGGAGAAUCCCGACCACUGCGACUUCAUCAAGCUGCGCACCAUGCUGAUCACCCACAUGCAGGACCUGCAGGAAGUGACGCAGGAGGUGCACUACGAGAACUAUCGCUCCGAUCGCCUGGCCAAGGGCAUUAAGAGCGGUAAGGGGCCCGGCGAAAAUGGUGUGAAGCCGGAGCGAGAAAGCAUCGUGCCGGGCCAGGCCAGUGUGCUGUCGGAGAAGGAUCGCAUACUGCAGGAGAAGGAGGCCGAGCUGAGGCGUAUGCAGGAGAUGCUGGCCCAGAUGCAGGCGCGCAUGCAGGCCCAGCAGUGAUAAGGUGAUGGAUGCAGCUGGCUGGAUGCGAUGAGAAGCAGCACCGAGUCGUGCAAUCGAUAAAGUUUAUAUGCAAAAUGGGAAGCAAAAUGAUAAAGUAUACAUGCAUAUACAUAAACAUAUAUAUAUUUUGUAUGCAGAUUUAAGUUGCGAUCGCGCUUUAAAUUCUAUACUCUCAAUUGUGAAACGACGGGCGCUAUGUAAUCUGUAUUAAUUUCGCAUUCUUCAUAUACAUAUACACUAAUAAUCGUAGGUCUUAGAUAUACACACUCUAUACAUAUACAUAUACAUAUGCAUAUACAUAUAUAUAUAUAUAUAUAUACAUAAUAUAGAAUCGAAAGAAAACGUCUGCAAUGCAAUUGCUCCAUUCAAAACGCACCAUCAACAAAAAAAAAAAAAACAAACAAACUCAUUUCAUAUCACUCCUAAAAACACACACUCACACGAAAACAACUGUAUUCCUACUAUUUAAAUGUAUUUAAAUGCGAUUAACAAUUAUUAUUGUACUCUGCGUUUAGGCUAAGCGAUUCCUAUAUAUCCGAUUUGUAUUGUAUGUUGAUCCGUUCUUUGUAUGUCCCUUGUUUAGGUUAUCCACUUUAUUAUAUCUACAUAUAUGUGUCUUCAUUUUAUACCUAUAUAUAUUCAUAUAUAUAUAUCUGUUUAUGUAUAUAUGCAUACAUGUAUGUGUGUAGGAGUGCGUCGCGCCAACUCGAAUUUGUUUAUAACUCACUUUUAUGCAAAGGUGGCACAUCCUUUUGGACUGCCCGAUUCCUAUUCUAUAUACAUACACUCAUGUACUUCCUGCGAGCUAGGUUGCUUUAAUUCGGCGACGGAUGAAUUCGAUUGACAGCCGCACUCUCGAAGCAAACAAAACAAAAACAAAAACGAAAACCAAAAUGUGAAAUCUCCUUUAUGUAUUUGAACAUUUUUUUUAUCCUAAUAUAAUCCUCGAUGAAUACAUAUAUAUGCUUUUUAUACGAUUUAUAA